GGAUGGAGCCGGCGCUUAAUUAGAUUUCAGAAUUCUAACUUUGCUGUAUUUCAUUUCUUAAUGCAGAGACCCCCUAACCCGCCAUGGAGCGUGAGUUUACCCCGCUGGAGCCCCUGUUGCCCACUGGAAAUUUGAAGUACUGCCUUGUGAUUCUUAACCAGCCUCUGGACAAGUGUUAUCAUCAUCUUUGGAAAAAAGCUCUUUUCAGAGGCUGUGCUGAUGGAGGUGCCAACCGCUUGUAUGAUAUCACUGAAGGAGAGAGAGAGAGCUUUUUGCCUGAAUUCAUCAAUGGGGACUUUGAUUCUAUUAGGCCUGAAGUCAGAGAGUACUACACUCUUAAGAUGGAGACAGCAGCUGGCACAUGUUACACGCCAGGGGCGGGAUGUGAGCUAAUUUCAACACCUGAUGAGGACCACACUGACUUUACCAAGUGCCUUCAAGUGCUUCAGAAAAAGAUAGAAGAAAAAGGCCUACAAGUUGAUGUAAUUGUGACACUGGGAGGCCUUGCUGGGCGUUUUGACCAGAUCAUGGCAUCUGUGAAUACCCUAUAUCAAGCUAUUCACAUUGUUCCUGUGCCAACUAUAAUAAUCCAAGAAGAAUCUCUCAUCUAUCUUCUCCAACCAGGGAAGCACAAACUGCAUGUAGACACUGGAUUGGAAGGAAAUUGGUGUGGCCUGGUUCCUGUUGGACAGCCUUGCAAUCAGGUUACAACGACAGGCCUGAAGUGGAAUCUCACAAACAAUGUGCUUGGUUUUGGAACACUGGUCAGCACUUCUAAUACCUAUGACGGCUCUGGUGUUGUGACUGUGGAGACAGACCACCCGCUCCUCUGGACCAUGGCCAUCAAAAUCUAACCUCCAACCUGGCCUCAUCAGUGUGCCUCUGCCCUGCUUCGCUCACCAGUGGUUUUUAUUUCUCAGCAGAAAUGCUUCACCCGAGUUUGCAGGAAUGGAAACUUCCUCCUAGGAAGCCUACUAGGUUUAAAGCUGCUGAGAGAUGGGGAUGUAGCUAAGUGGUAGAGACUUGCCCAGCAUGCCUUAGGCCUUGGAUUCGAUCCAUACAAUCACAAAAAUAUUAAAUGUAGGCCGGGGAUUUAGCUCAGUGGUUCUGCCGCCUGCCUCGCAAGCGCAAGGUCCUGAGUUCGGUCCCCAGUACCCCCCCAAAAUUAAAUGUGAUGAAAAGAUAUUAGAGUUUAGUUAGUCCAGUUAACACUAGAUGUGACAUCUCCAUUUCACAGAGAGGGGAAGAUUUCAUGUUAUGAAAGCAAAUAAAGUCUGUGACAUUCGGUUGGAAAGCUAAUGUAGAUUAUUCCUUAAUAAAGUUCUGCCUUGUUUUACUUAAUCAUAUCUUAGAAAAUUAUUAAUUAAAAAUUAGAAAAAAACAUACUGAAGCUCCUCUUGGAGUCUAGCACAUCCUUAUAUGCCACACACACACACACACACACACACACACACACCCAUUUUCUUCUUUCAGAUUCCUCUGUAUAAUUUAUAUUACCUUUGACCUAAAAAAGAAAUACUUGCAGAUUGGUGUGUUAGAACUGCACCAUUUCAUUUUGACUUACUGUAAUUGGCACUGUCUUUCAAAAAUAAGUCAAGAAUCUUUGAAUUAUUAUAUUUGAAAAUAGUUCCAUAGGCCAUGUGUGAAAAAUGAAUGAUAACUUAUGAUGUCCUACUUAUGUUAACUCCAAACUCAAAACUCACUUUGCUCCACUUCAGUGGGAAUGAAUCUCAUCAUCAUUGCAUCCUAAACCAAAACAGUAGUGCAGAAGAAAUUUAAACAUAAAAAUUGACCUUGGGCUGAAAAAAAUACUGGUUCAGAGACUCCAAGUUUAUUCUGAUAACCAGAAAAUGAGUCUGUCUAUGAGAUAAAUGAACAUUGCAUGUGGAGUCCAUCCCUAAAACCUGUAUUCUUCCUGUCUGCAUUUGCCUGAGUUCCCUGACCCCCUCUGCUUAGCCAGAAAUGGAAGGAGUUGGACUGAUUGUUUCUGAGGCUCCUUCUCACAUGUUCUCAAUCCUGACACCUCACAUUUCUUUCUUUCUUGUUUUUUUUUGAGACAGGGUCUCACUGUAUAUUUGAAACUGACCUG